AUGUGGGGCCUCAAAAGUAUCACGGUCUCUAGAACAUCUAUAAAUACCAGCUCCCCGCCCCACUAUCUCCCUUCUUUCUACUACAUCCAUCCUACUAAGCGCUUGUUCAUCCUCGAACCACGAACAAUAAUGGUUGCCCCAGAUAUUCCCGCCACCCACGGGCACCUCCUCCGCGACCGCACAACCCUCAAGGCGCCGGACAGACUUUCCCCAAGCUUCGUCGAGCGGAGGAGGGCCCGUCGAGCGAAGAAGAGCAAGACCCAGCGUGCGAAGAAAGCCGCCGCCAACACCACCACCACCACCGCCGUCCCCGCCGCCGCCGCCACUACCACCACCAAAGCCGCCAAGGGCCGGUCCAAGAAACCACCUAAGGCUAUCAAGUACUGGAUGGUCCUCACUCUCGAUGGCGGGAGGAGGAUUACCCAAGUCGCCGAGAGUGCGGAGGUGCCUGAGGACGCGAUCUCUGUCAAGAUCGUGGUCCCAGCCUCCCACCGGUUCUUAGACUGGCCUGUGGUGGCUAGAUUGAAGGGGAGGGGAGAGGAGGAGGGGUAG